AUGGGCUACAUCUUCCGGAUGACUCAGGAAGGCGAAUACGACUGGGAGGCCUUUCAGGAAGAGAACUACUGGUCCUCGGCCAUUUGGGUCUGGAGCUUUGUAGUUUUCGUGAACAUGUUGCUGAUCAAUUUGCUGAUCGCCAUCAUUUUGGACACCUACAAGGAAGUCCAAAAGGCCGAAGAAAGCAGAGAAGCGGUCUCCUGGCGAAGCUGCCUCGUUGAAGAUGCCGUCAAAGAGAAGUCGGUCCAAGCGCUCUGGUAUGUGGUUCGUCCAGGCUACAUGGUGGCCCUCUUUCUGGUGGGAUGGGCCGCAAAUGUGAGCCUGUUUACCAGAUACCACAUUGACUAUGCGGCCGUCUUGGGCAUUACAAAGGAGGAGUUCAUUUCCUCCCGCUUCUUGGUGAUCUUGUCUGCCUUCCUGGCCUUGAUGCUGAGCCUGGUGCGGAUGCUCGCCUCCUUGCACGGAGCAUCCACUGAGCUGAUUUCGGUGGUGCUGCUGUGCUAUGUGGUGGUGCUCUUGCUGAUCUUAGGUGUCCUGCCACGUCGCUGGCGGGAGCACUGCCGCUGGCGUGAGCCCUUCGCACAGGCGCUGCGGCGCUGCGUGUGGCCGGACACCACGAAGGAGAUCCCCUUCGCGGAGGUCCUGGUGGCGGAUGGACUCACCUCAGUCGCCAAGCUCUUCUUUGACCUGACCACAGGCUCCUGCAUCGUGAUCUCCAGCAGCGAACCGGCGCUGAAGAGCACUUUGGGGGGCACCUUGGGGACCUUGGGUACUUUGUCGCCCAUCAAGCGCCCGGAGUUGACGGCCCAGGGGGUUCUGGCCACAGCUUUGGAUCAGUGCAGCGGUUCCAGCCUGCCCUACCUGGCCUGGUCCGUGCCCUUCCUCAUCCGUGCACGUCAGUGCGUCAUCACGGCGCGCCACGCGCCGGAUGCUUGGAACCGGGACCUGCAACGGAUCAAUCUGGCGAAGUACCUCUCGGCACUGCCGGUGGUCUUCUUUGCCAUGUGCCAUGCGCGUGUGAUCCCAGGUAUCAAUGGCUCCAUGCUCACGUCGGAGGACUUCGAGGUCUUGUGGGCGCUGGCGGCCAUCGUGAAUUCGGCCUUCUCCUUCUUGUGGGACCUGGUCAUGGAUUGGGGUCUUUUGCAUUGGGUCCCGCUCAAACUCGGCAACUUUGGGCUGAGGCCCACCCUGUUGUAUCCGCAGCCACCCGUGGUCUACUAUUUUGCCAUUGUUCUCAACUUCAUCGGGCGCACCCUUUGGUCCUUGCGCUGGUCGGAGCAGGCCACCAUCUUUUUGGGUGCCUUCUUCCUGUCCAGUGUGCAACAAGCGGCCGAAGUGGUCCGAAGAUGCCUCUGGCUCCUGGUCUUUAAACGGGUUUUCGGUUGGCUGGUAGAUGGAUAUUUGAACCUUGAACUCGGAGGCGAUGAAGGAGACGGGGAGGGCGAAGAUGGGAGCACCAUCCAGCCAAUGCAUGCCUUUGUGGAGCAGUUUCCCAACAUGCCGCAGUACCAGCUAGAUCUGAUUUUGGCCGACUCCGAAAUCAUGAUGGAGGCCCAGGCAAACAAAGACAUCAACACAGAGAAGCUCGGCGGCAUUCACAUUGGAAAGGCGUUCACAUCCUUUCUGGCUCAUCAGAUGCCUCUGACUUCCAAUCACCUCCGGUGUCGAGUUUCAAGGAAGCUGGUGAAAAUGGCUGGUUCUCUGAUGAACUCGGUGAGUGGUGUCAACGAGAACCUGGAGCACAUCAUGAAGGAGGAAUCGAGGGAUCCGCUGCAGAGCUGGGUGGUGGGCAAGAACGUGCCAGGCACGAGACCUUGA